GUCGACGAGUCCGGACACGGACACGCUUAACCGCCAUAUAAACAUAAUAUUAUUAUUUUAAUUAUAUUCAUCGUCCGUCGUUACAAUAAUAUUAUGUUAUUCAUAAAACAUUAACGACUUAACCGCGUAACGAGAACCGCCGCCACUGCUGCGCGCGCGUCUGUUCUCGGAUAAAUAUUUUGACCGUCUACACUGGACACGAACUGUUUUUUCCGUAUUAUAAUAUUUUUUUUUUCCCCCAAUCUUCGCGAUUCGAACACCGACUACGAAAAUGACGACAGUUUCCGGCUCGGAACGGCUCGGUAGUAUAGACACUUAAGCAGACAGAUAUACUGUUUAAUACAACAGGUCGUGCCUUCGUGCACGAAUACAGCGUAAGGCGAUGGAAAAAAAACCAAUCGAAAUGACGACGUCUUGUCCGUGCGAGAGAAAUUCGCGUGCAUUGUCGAAAUCUCGGUCGUGGCCGAUGUUGUACACUGUGCUGGAAGAGGAAACCGUUGGUGGAGCAUCCCCCGCAUCCACCGCAAUGGCCGUAACCGACGGACAACAGCAGCCGCAGCAACAGCAUCAGCUACUUCCGGACAAGAACCGAAUGGCGCGUCAGCUGCAGAUGGCUGCACCAGCCGCAAACGUGGGCAGACUCCUCCGCCGGCACUAUUAUCCGGAAGCUGGAUGGGGCUGGGUGGUGGUCGCCUGUGCUUGCAUGGUGCACUUGCUUAAUCACGGACUGCAACUGUCGUUCGGUGCGCUGGAGAAAGACGUGGUGCUCAGGUUCCGGGAUGCCACUUACGACAGAACAGGAUGGCUGGGAGCAAUGUCCACGGGAGUGGCGCUGUUGCUGUCACCGGUGACGAUAGCGUUUUGCCGGCGGAAAUCCACAAGACUGACGGCUGUCAUGGGCGGCCUUAUCACCGCACUUGGAUGUCUCUUCACCAGUUUCGCCACGCAGUUCCACCAAUUAUUCUUCAGCUACGGCACCGUCAUCGGGAUCGGAGUGGGCAUGACCAGAGAUUGUUCCACGCUGAUGGUGGCGCAGUAUUUUAAGCGAAAACGUGAGUUCGUCGAGAUAUUCAUCGUAUCUGGCAGCGGGAUGGGCAUAGCUGUCAUGUCGAGCUUCAUCAAAGGAGCUAUAAGCGCGAUUGGCUGGCGACUUGGACUCCAGCUGGUCACCGCCACGGUGUUCACCACUUUCCUGUUGGGCACGUGCUACAGGUCGGCGUCGCUGUACCACCCGCAGAGACGGGCCAUCCUGCACCUGAAGAACCAGAAGCGGAAGAUCAAGGACAAGAACCGUCACGACGACCGGCCACCGUUCCUUGACUUCACCACGCUCCGCAGCAAGACCGUCCGAAUCCUGCUCGUGUCCACCGGCAUCAGCGCGUUCGGCAUAAACACUCCGAUAUUCUACCUGGCUCACCAGGCUGAAGAGGACGGACUCGGUGACUCGGCGCUGACGUUGCAGGUGCACAUGGGACUCGCGUGGACCGUGGGGUGCAUGGCGUUCGGGCUGAUCGUCGUCCGGAACUCGGUGGAGUGCCGGAUCGCCAGGCAGUACCUGUGCCAGGCGUCCGUGUUCAUGUGCGGCGUAUCCAUAUUGGCGCUUACCACGGUCCGAGGCGACCGGCAGGGGUACGUCAUGUUCGCCUGGGUGUACGGAAUGUUCUGCGGCGGGUACCAUUACUCGCUCAAGAUGUAUACGUACGAGAGGGUCCGGGCCCGGAAUUUCGCCCGCACCUGGGGCUUUGUCCAGUGCUCUCAGGCCAUACCGAUCGCCCUAGGGGUGCCCAUAUCCGGUUACAUCAACAUCGGUUACGGCGCCAAGUCGGGUUACUACUUCAGCUCGGCGUGCGUGUUGCUCGGCAGCCUGACCAUGUUCUUCAUCGACCUGCACCGGCGGAACGUUGCCCGGCACAAGCACAACGAGUCUGGCACGAAGAAGCUGUGCGUGUCGGACUCGUGUCCACAGCGCCGGAGGCUGUCGUUCACCGUCGAGCCUGAAGAAGUGGUGGUGAUGGAACCACCCCUAAACAUGCAGAGCGUCGGACUCAUCGGCGGCACUGGCGGUUUGGGGUUGAUGAUGGGCGGUGGCGGAAGUGGUGGUAGUGGCGGCAGUGGUGGUGGGGCCGGGGGUGGCGGACCCAACGACAAGCCCGAGCUGACGUGCAUUUCCGAAGAGGGCAUCGCCGACAUGGAUCUGCCCGACAACCUGCUCGACGACCUCGACUAUAUCGGUGACUGCAUCACGUCAUGCAACAAGGUGGAGAACUACCUGAUGCUGAGCGAGUUCGAGAACAACCUGAUCGCCGAGAUGCCGGUCAUCAUGGACCGGAAAGGCCGCAGGUGGUCACUGGCCAAACAAGCGGAAGAGGAGACGCCCAAGGGUGGCAAGUGGCGGCUAGUGGCCGGAAACAACAGCAGGAUGAUCACGGUCAUCGACGAGGCGUCCGUGUAAAAUUACCGCUCGUAAUAAUAUUAUAUUAAUACAUUUUAUUAUUAUUUUAUUCUUAUUAUUAUUGUUGAAGAUGUGUUCAUUUAAU